AUGUCUGACCCGGGAAGUGCUUUUCGCCUUGUUCUCUUUUUUAUUCGCCUUUUCCAAUGGAUGAGCGCUGUGAUCGUACUUGGCCUCACAGCAUGGGCUGUUGUUCACUUGGACGGCUACCGGGUCGUCUACACAUUAGUGAUUGCGGUCCUCACUACCGCAUUUUACAUCCCGUCACUCUUCCUGGCAUUCAUGAAGAGUAACCGUGGCUACAUGUACCCGGUGGAUGUUGUCUUCUCAUAUCUGUGGAUAGCGGCAUUCAUAUUCCUUGCCCAAGCAAACAAUGAUAAUGGAUGCAGCUGGUUUGUUUGGACAGCCUCUAAGCUUUGUGCGAGGAAGAAUGUCGCCGAAGCGUUCACCUUCCUAGCGUUCUUCUGGACUCUCUGUGGUAUGUGUCUUGAGGCAGUGAACUUUUAUUACUACCUCAAAGACACACGAGGAGCCGGUCUCAAUCAUCGACAUUUCUCGAAACAUCCACCAGCUCAUAACGGCAGCGCUCCUGAUUCCCAGGCCACGAAUGGCCACCGCACCACGGUGUAA